AUGGCAACUUCACUUCUAGGGGAGGAGCCGAGGUUAGGAUCGACUCCUUUAGCCAUGUUAGCUGCAACAUGCAACAAAAUAGGGAGUCCGAGCCCUUCACCGUCCACGCUGUCGGAAAACUCGUCAUCGUUCGGGAAAGGCUUCCACCCGUGGAAGAGAGCCGCCGCCAGCAGCUGCAGCCUCGGCUCCGGCCUCUCCGGCUUCGGGGUCACGUCCCGCAACGCAUCUGGCAUCUCGGACUCUUCUUUCGCCUCCGCCAACAACUCCAGCGGAUCCAGUGCCUUCUCCCUCACCCCUGGGACCUCACCCGGCUCCCACUUUGGAAACGACUACUCUGUUUUCCAAGCCUCCGUGUCCAACAGCUCGCAGGAGUCCGGCCACCAGCCGGUGUUCAUCUCCAAGGUGCACACCUCCGUGGACAGCCUGCAGGGCAUCUAUCCGAGGAUGAGCGUGGCGCAUCCGUAUGAGUCGUGGUUCAAAUCCUCCCAUCCGGGCAUCCCCGCCGGAGAGGUCGGCACCACCGGCGCGUCUGCGUGGUGGGACGUCGGCGCGGGAUGGAUCGACGUGCAGAACCCCAACGGAGCCGCGCUGCAGUCGUCCUUACACUCCGGGGGGCUGCAGACCUCUUUACACUCCCCCCUCGGCGGAUACAACUCGGACUACUCGAGUUUGAGUCACUCUGCUUUCAGCACGAGCCCCUCUCCGCACCUGUUGACCACCGGCCAGCACCUGAUGGACGGAUUCAAACCGGUGCUGCCCUCUUAUCCGGACACGAGCCCCUCUCCGUUAACUGGAGCGGGCGGGACUAUGCUCUCCGGGGGUCCACCUGCGACUUUAGCGGGGUCCCCGAGGUCAUCGGCCCGGCGGUACUCCGGCAGAGCCACCUGCGACUGUCCGAACUGCCAGGAGGCGGAGAGACUGGGACCAGCGGGGGCCAGCCUCCGGAGGAAGGGUCUGCACAGCUGCCACAUCCCCGGCUGCGGGAAGGUGUACGGGAAAACGUCGCACCUGAAGGCGCACCUGAGGUGGCACACCGGGGAGAGGCCGUUCGUGUGCAACUGGCUCUUCUGCGGCAAGAGGUUCACGCGCUCCGACGAGCUCCAGCGGCAUUUACGCACGCACACCGGCGAGAAGCGCUUCGCCUGCCCGGUGUGCAACAAGCGGUUCAUGCGCAGCGACCACCUGAGCAAGCACGUUAAGACUCACAGCGCCGGGGGCUCCGCGGGCUCUGGGUCCGGGGGCAGCGGGGGGAAGAGGGGCAGCGACACCGACAGCGAGCACAGCGCGCCCGGAUCCCCUCCGUGCCAUUCCCCCGACUUGUUGCACCCACCCGAGCCAACCCAGGGGGUGGGCAUGAACGGUCUGUAA